AGUUGGUUUGCGCUUCGACGUGCCCAGCGUGGAUAGGGCACCGGAAGUGUACGAUGACCGGGUGUUCGAGUUGGACGACCAGUACCAGAUGCUAGCGCAAAAACUCGGCGAGGACGAUCUGGUUCGGGAGCAGAGCAUCCAACAGUUGCGCGAGUGGAUCGCCAAACAUCCCCGGAUCAGGCAUUGCCGUACGGAUGCACCGUUCUUGUUGCGUUUCCUGCGCAACAACAAGUACUCGUUCAUGAAGGCCGCCAAAAUGUUGGAGUGUUACGUGACGGCCUUGACCGUGAACAAGCGGUGGCUGACUAAGUUGGACAUCGAGGCGGAUCCCGAUCUGGAGCACCUCAUCGACUUCGGAUACAUUUUCCCGUUGCCCCAGCGUUACGCCAAGGGACGCAUUGUCCUGUUCAGUUCGUCGGGUGGUUUCUACGCGAACCCGCACAAACCGUCGAUGCACGCCGUGGUCAAGAUAAACCACAUGGUCACCGAGAUAUACCUGGAUACGAACGAGGCUCAGUGCGCCGGAUUUGUGUUCGUGUACGACAUGGAGCAAGCCGACAUCAACGUUCUGACCAGUUGGCUGUCGAUCAUGGAGAUCAAGCAGCUGGUUCAGCUCACGAACAACGCCUCGGCAGUGCGCAUCCAGGAGCUGCACUUCAUCAACACGCCCAAAACGCUGCGAAGCAUUGCGAACUUGGUGCUGCAGCUGAUGAGUGAAAAGAUCCGGAGUCGAGUGUUUUGCCACCGAUCGCUGGAAAGUCUAUAUGAAGUGGUGGACAAAACGAUGCUGCCGAAGGAAUUCGGAGGUACCAUUCCGAUGGUGGAAAUGUCCACCGGGUUCAAAAAGCUCUGCCAACGGAUGCGCCAACGCUUGUCGGCGCUAGACGAGAUGCAGAUUGAGCUGUCCGACAAGGACAAGGAGGACGACGCUUGGCGGGUUUCGGAGGGUGGAUCGUCGUCGGGGGUUGUUGGAUCGUUCCGGAAGUUGGAGGUAGAUUGA